AUGAAUUUAACUACGAGAUUUGUGGACUCUUUCAGUCUCACAGAUGAUUUGCUUACUUAGAUAAUAUCGGAUAAGUAGACGAUUAGUUUAUCUUUGAAACAACUGAGUAAAUUGCAUCACCUUCAAAAGAUGUUGGAAGAGUUUUAGUUUCUCAAUAUCGUAUACAGCGAUUAGAGUAGAGUGAGGUAAAUCAUACAUCUUAUUUAAGGAAGAUGAUGUUAACGCGAACAAAGUCAAAUCUGAAUUUGCAAUAAUAGUUGUGUCAUCAAAUAGAUAAGAAAAUUGAAGAUUUCAUGGUAUGAAUUCGUCAAAUUUCUUAGAACUUUUUCAAGAAACUAGACUCCAUCAUUUUUUACACUAUGAAUAUGCAACUCAUGUCUGAAAACUGUUUAGAAUUCUUGUAGCAAAUUGCAGAUUUAAUUUUGGGCAGUCCUGCAUUUACAGUUAUUUAUGAGAUUAACAAGAAAGUGAAUGGGAUGUCGACUCACAUAAAGGAAUUUGAGAAUGCCUAUCAAAGAUUGUUAAAAUUCAAGGAGAGCACCAACGUGAAUGGAAGCGAACUCGACAACCUCUUCGGUACAAAUGAAUUAUAUGUGUACAAAAACAAGUAUUCAUACUUGAUUUACGAUGUGAAGGAUGUACCAUUUAAGGCAUUCCCAGAUUAUAGAUUGAUAUUGGAUCAAUUUAUUUCACUUGCUUACGAUUUUCAAAAAGAAAUAUAUGAGUGAGAUUUAUAUCUAUAACGUUUAGCAAAGAAAAUCUAGUGAGCAUCAUAAGAGGAAUCAAGUCAAGGUUCAUUAAGAACUCAACCAGGAUUUGCUAAGAAAUCAUUCGAUCAUAAGUUACUGAAGUGCUGUCAAGUCAAUGGUAUGAGUGUUGUAAUUAAUAUACAGCUGGAUUGAAAUGCCAGAUCAAAUAUAAUACAUGAAUGAUUUGAUCAUAGAUUAACAUGGUUAUGUUGUGUUGCCAGUUAAAUUAGACAAAAAAAUCAAAUACUACAUUAAGAUCGAAUCUCCAAACAUAGAUAUGAUAACGUUCAGUGAUUAUGUAAGAUUAUCUAAAAGGAAAUCUAGAUUCAACAAUUAUGGUAGAGACUGACAUACUAAUUGAAGGAUUUGAAGAAUGAGGAGUUCUUGAAACAGAUGCUUGAGGUGAAUUCCCCAAAUAAGCUAUACAUCUAAUUAGAUGGAGAUGGAAACAUUAGAUAUUAGAGUUGCUGUAUACCUGAUUCUUGGUAUUUCAUGUUGAUCAAGGGAGGUUCAUUGGAAGAUCUCUAAUUGGAGUAAGUGAACAAGCAGAGUCUCAUCCAAAAAAUGCAGGAAUUGAAGUCUUCAGUCAAAGGAGCUGUAAGUGUCUGUCAGAUUUGUUUCAGUGACAAAUCAGUCGAUGUUGAUCUCUUUGCCAAAAGAAAUGAAGAAGAUGAGAUUACUGACUAUUACAUCGUUUUUAAUGCACCAAAAAAGUAUCUAACUUUAAUUUUAUAAAGAAAAUUUGAGGAUGAUCACAGGAUGUCUGCUUAAAUGUCUAGUGAAAGCAAAUUGCAAGAAUUGAGCAAGGCAGCUUUAAUCAAUAUCAAAAUGGAGAAGCUAUCUAAAGCAUGCAUAGUAAUGAGGGAGUACCUUAAGGUUAAUUUAACGGAUGAGGAGAUAAUCGAUCUAUUAAAAGAGAAAGAUGUACUAAAGGAAGUGUAUAAUUAAUAAUCAAUUACUGACGACAUCAGAUCAUCAUAUGUGAUGGAAUAUUACAAGGCUGAAUCAUCCAAAGUUAUGAAAGAUCCAGUCUAGAGAAGUCAAUAAUAUAUAAUUGAGACAGAACUCACAAACAUUAAAAGUAUCUAAGUUAUCUAAAUUAGAAUUCGAUCUUUAUACUCUAGAUGCCAAUGACAUUUCUAAUCUUAGUGAUUAUUCAUUUGACAUCACUGUUGUUCAAGAUAAACAUGAAUAGUUACGAUAUACGUGGGCUCUAUUUCAUUUGUGCAAUUUCAUAGAUCUUUAUCAAAUCAACAAAGAAGUAUUUUAUUAGUUCACUGUUAUUGUCCAAGAAAAAUAUAGUUAUCGACAGAACCCAUUUCAUAACUAUGAUCAUGGAUUCACUGUUGCUCAUGCUUGCUAUUACAUCAUAAAGAGUAAAAGCAUGAAUCAAUACUUUGAUAAAUUCAUUUAAUUCACUGCUUUACUAUCUGCCUUAUGUCAUGACAUUGAUCAUACGGGACGUAACAAUCAUUUCGAGAGUUAAAAGUUGUCCAAAUUAGCAUUAAGAUAUAAUGAUGAAUCUGUACUAGAAAAUCAUCAUGCUUCAGUUAUGUUUAAGAUUCUACAAAAAGAAAAAUAUAAUAUUCUGAGUUCUCUUAGUUAGGAUCAAUGUUAGAUAUUUAGAAAAUACGCCAUUGCCAAUAUCUUGGGCACGGACAUGAAGAAACACUUUGAAAUCGUCAAACUAUUGGAACUCAAGUUAUCCAAGCUUCCUGAUGAACCAUUUAUACAAAAGGAAGAAGACAAAAAGUUCCUAUCCAGUGCUAUUGUACAUACUUGUGAUUUGACCAUGUAAUCUAAAACAUUCAAAAUGGCAUAGAAGUGGUCAAAUCGAAUCGCCACUGAAUUUUCUGAUUAGGUUGCUGAAGAGAAACAACUAUCGUUACCUAUUACUCAGCAUUUCUUACCAUUAGGAACUCCAAAUUUCAAUCAAUUAUUAGCCAAAUAAGAAAUUUCAUUCAUCAAAGUAUAUUUCAUUCAUAUAUUAUUCAGUUCAUCGUUAAACCUGCUUAUGAUUUAACAGCCUAAGUAUUAUAGACAGGACUGGAAGUGCCAUUAAAAAAUUUAGAAGACAAUCUUAAGGAAUGGGAAAAUUAGAAAUGA